AUGCCACCAGCAAACGGAAUCCCAGGACGUCCAUCCCCAGAGACAUGCCACCAGCAAACGGAAUCCCAGGACGUCCAUCCCCGGAGACAUGCCACCAGCAAACGGAAUCCCAGGACGUCCAUCCCCAGAGACAUGCCACCAGCAAACGGAAUCCCAGGACGUCCAUCCCCAGAGACAUGCCACCAGCAAACGGAAUUCCAGGACGUCCAUCCCCAGAAACAUGCCACCAGCAAACGGAAUCCCAGGACGUCCAUCCCCAGAGACAUGCUACCAGCAAACGGAAUCCCAGGACGUCCAUCCCCAGAGACAUGCCACCAGCAAACGGAAUCCCAGGACGUCCAGCCCCAGAGACAUGCCACCAGCAAACGGAAUCCCAGGACGUCCAGCCCCAGAGACAUGCCACCAGUAAAUGGAAUCCCAGGAUGUCCACCCCAGAGACAGGCCACCAGUAAAUGGAAUCCCAGGAUGUCCAGCCCCAGAGAAAUGCAACGAGUAAAUGGAAUCCCAGAAUGUCCAGCCCCAGAGACAUGCAACGAGUAA